AGGUGCGUUCGGGGAACAAAUUGCUUUAAAUGUUCAUUCUCUGCUUUGUUUAUAUCAUUCAGCUACAGCUGGAUUGAGAAAAACAUGUGUUAUCAAAUGUGAUUUAAAAUAAAGAAACAGAACUAUGAGCGAGGCGAGCGAACCGAGUGACAUUGAAACGUUUGAUAAACAAGACAAGGAUGCAGAUUUUAACGUGGACGAUUAUCGUCCAGAAAUGGAUAGCGAUGAUUCCUUUAUCGAAAUGCCGGAGAAUAAUGUACAGAUGAAUCAACAGGAUGGCCUGUGUACAGGUCCAAUAAUUUCUGGACACAAAUUUGAUAAGAAGCUAAUAUGCAUUAAAUAUCCUGGUAACGUAGUUAACGUUGAUAAAGCAAUUGAAACAUUAGGUGGCAUUAGCUCUAUUUCUAUGACUGUAGAUGCUCCUAACAGAAGACUAGAAUUGCGAUUUAGACCUGAUGAUGGAUAUAGCAAACCUGCCUGUGGAGAUAGACAUAGUACAAUUGGUUUUUUACUCAGAGUUAGGAUUAAAAAAAAUAGGGUAACACAAGCAGAUAUAAUAGAAGCUACAAAAUCGAAAUGUACAAAUACUACAAAUCUGGAAGCUUGCGUUAUCGACAGCAAAGAAAAUUUUAAAAUCACUAUAAAAGAGGAUAACUGCAAAGAUAAUGUUAGUAUUGAAGAUACUGUAGAGAGAAGACAUACUGCAGAUGACAUUAAAAAUUUUGAUGGUGCACAUGAAGAAAGCUCACCAAAAAGAAAAAAGAAUGUAUUGUCUACAUUUGACAAUAACAAAUAUGAAAAUUUAUCCCAAAAGACAGAUUAUGAGUUGCCAUGUUUAAAAAUAUUAGGAAGAGUUGAGACUGAAUUCAAAUUUACUAAUUUAUGCGAUUUUCAAUAUGUACCAAUGACACAGAGUAAAUCAAAUCCAAAAGAAUUGGAAUGCAUAUAUAGUUCGAUUUAUCCAACAGGUAUUCCACCUUAUUCUUGGUUGAAGAAUGAUGUGCCUUAUUUUCUGCCACCAGCCGCGUUUAGUAGAAUGGACACUGUGCAGCAAUAUAUACCAAAAACUGAGAUAGAUUCUAAUUCAGAGAAUAUAAUUGGUAAAAACAAAAAGUGUCAAGCGGGCUUCCCCAAUUAUAUAUACUUUUCCACACAAGGAGUGCCCACCGCAGCACCAAAAGGUAUUGAAACAGCUAUGAAAGUAAAGUUUCUUCAGAAUGCACACUUGGAACAAGUGCGUCAACUUUUUGAAGAGCGUCCAAUUUGGUCCAAAAAUGCCAUCAUGUAUAAGACACAAUUUACGUCUGAACAAUUGAAGAUAUUAUUACCGUCAGUGGCGUAUUAUUUUAUGACCGGACCAUGGAGAAUCAUGUGGGUGAAACUCGGUUACGAUCCAAGGAAGGAUAUUAAUGCGAGAAAGUAUCAGACAUUGGAUUAUAGAUUAAAAGCUAUGCAUGGAUUAGGUUUGACUGUGAGAUGCAAAAGAAAUUAUUCAAAUUAUACAUUACCAUACAAAUCUGCGCCCGUUUCUAAACAAAAACCUGCUAUACUCACUGCUACUCUGAGUCAGCAACAAAAUCCGAAGAAAGAGCGGCAUUUACAUGAGAAUGUAUAUAUAUAUCGAGAAGGCAUGGUACCUCCUUCUCGACAAAUGUUUUAUCAGUAUUGCGACGUUCUAAUAGGAGAAAUACAAGAAAUGUUGGCAAAGCUUCCUGAUCCCUUACCUGGUAUAAAAUGUCAUGAGAAGAGAGGAUGGCUGCCAACUGAUUUUGAUGUACAAUGCAGAGAAAUUUUAAAUAAACAUGUACGCGCCGUUUUGAGAAAGAAAAUGAAUAUUCCUGAAGAUCAUCCAACAUCGCUUCCACGGAAACGAAAACAUGGCAUUAAAUUAAAGACUAAUAAAACGAUUAAUAAAAGAACCAAGAAGGGCAAAGCGAAUUCUACAGAGAUUCAAUCAAAUGUUACUUCUACUUUGGAAUUGAAUGAGAUUAAUGAAGAUUUAUAGCCUUGAGUUUAAGUAAUUAAAAUUAUAAGUAUGCCAAAAAAAAUCUAACUAUAUUUUUCUGCUAGAUACCUUUUGAAAAAUGCAUUGAGAUGUAAUAUUCUAAAUUAACUUGACAUUUGUUUAUAAAGCAUUAGAUU